GUCCACGUUUGCUGUUGUUCCGUUGGUCUAGUCUUGUGCACGGCUACCACUUGACUACCUACUACCCAAUACUAGUAGUAGUACUUCACCAUAACUGCACUACAAUACACCACCCCACGCUAGCCGCCUCUGGCAGUUCCGUUCACAAUGGCCCCUACUCAUCGUCGUGGACCUUGGGUCCCUGAGGAAGAUCAGCUACUACUGCAGUUGGUUCGCGAACAAGGCCCCAACAACUGGGUCCGGAUCUCUCAGCACAUGCACUACCGCUCUCCUAAGCAAUGUCGCGAGCGAUUUCACCAAAACCUCAAACCCUCAUUGAACCGCGAGCCGAUCUCGGCUGAAGAAGGCUUGAUGAUCGAGCGCAUGGUGAAUGAGAUGGGCAAGCGGUGGGCUGAGAUCGCCCGACGUCUGGGGAAUCGUAGCGACAAUGCGGUCAAGAACUGGUGGAAUGGCAGUAUGAACCGGAAGAGAAGAGGCCUGCCCACUACUGGUUCUGCUCUUUCGGGACGUACUUUUCAUGGACGGGUUGAAGCUCCCUAUGCGCGGACAUCUUUGGGCUUGAGCAGCCCUGUUAGCCGAUCCCGCUACUCCUCCAUCUCUAGCGAGAGACCAAUGACCUCCUGGACGAAAUCUCCCUCUUCUCGCCGGGAAUCCUUUUCAGCAUCUUCCAUGGACUGCCCCCGGCAAUUGACGCCUAUCUUCACCCUUCCCGCCCUCAAUCGCCCGGUCGAGACGCCUCUGACUUCGCCCACAUACUCCGACGCCCCGUCAAUGGAGCCCCCAUCAAUGAUGUCAGAUCGCAACUCUAUCUCUUCCUCGCCCAGAACCGUCGCGUCUCCUCAGCUUCUUCCUUUCCCGGUGGACAUGAGACCUCUCUAUGGUGAUUCUCGCAGGCAAAGUGCAUCGUCUAUGCAAACCACCGAUGAGAGCUACCUACCCAAUUCUUACUACGGACCUAAGACACGGGAGUCUAUCUCAGAUCUAUCUCUCAAGCAACGAUGGAUCUCCGACUAUCAACCUUGGAAUCGACCGACCUCGUUAUCGCCUGCCUGGUCUGUCUCUUCAGAAGACAAGACCGGGUCGCCGCGCGAUGCUCGCAUGGGUCUUCAAAACCUACUCAAUUGAUCCACGACGGUCCUUUUGUUGACUUACUGAGAAUGAUCCCAUGACUCCUUUAAUUUCAUCACGAAACCCCGACCGACCCUUGUCACUCUUUCCUGCAUCG